AUGGCGGAAGGCACGAGAUACCGAUCCUUGGAGGAUCAGCUGAAGAAACAGGAGAGUAAGCUCCAGGAAUUGGCCGAAUCCAUGGCUGCUCUGCAUACGUCGGCGCAGAAUGAGCUACAGCAGAGACUCCAUGAGGAAAUGGAGAAGAGCAACUCGAGACUGGAGUCGGUGGUGGGGAAUCUGGACCAGAAAUUCUGCAAGUUGGAGCAAAAGUUCAACGCGUUAAUGAAAGUGAUGAUGAAGGACAAGGGAGUCCAGGAGAACGAAGGAGGACCUUCCGAACCUCUUCUACCUACACCACCCUCGCAUUUCCGACUGGCGACUCAGGCUGAAAUGGCCGGCCAUCAGCAGGAGUCCAGAGGUAGGAUGUUCACUCCCAAUUUACCUAGAUUAGAUUUGCCGAUGUUUACAGCAGGAAAUCCAAGGGAAUGGCUUAGGAAAUGUCAUAAAUAUUUUUUGAACUACCACAUACCUGCUUGCCAGAAAGUAGAUUUAGUGGAGAUGUUCUUAGAAGGUAAAGCCGAUAAUUGGUUCCAAGGGGUGAAAUUAGCUAAACCUGGGCUAAAUUGGGAAGAGUUUAGCGAGUUGCUAUGUGAGCGUUUCUCUGGCAAGGGAUCGCUUGACAUCGUAGAAGAAUUUAACAAGCUGCAACAAGUGGGGACAGUGGAGGAGUAUGAGGAAAAAUUUGAGGAAUUAAAAACUCUGAUGUUAACCAAGAACCCCAGAUUAGAUGAGUCCUAUUUUGUUUCCAGCUUUAUCAGUGGGUUAAAAGAGGAGAUCAAGCCCAUGGUAAAGAUGUUUAGACCACAGACAUUGACCAAAGCAUUUGAAGUAGCAGAGUUGCAGGAGUAUGCACUGGAGGUGCAAUGUAAGCAGACCAAAAAUUCUGGCAAGAUUGCCAUGGAGCCUAAGUUUGGGAUGUACAAGGGGCAACCUGGUGGACAGAAUCUACCUAAUUCUUACAGGCUUCCUGCGAUAACUCCUAACACUAGAAGGACUGAAGUUGCACACAAGGAGGUAGGAAGACUUUCAGCAGAAGAGCUACAGUACAGGCGCAAAAACAACCUGUGCUACAGGUGUGGAGAGAAGUUUGGGUUGGGACAUCAGUGCAGGACAAGAGGUCUGAAUUGCGUUAGUGUGGAAGAGGAAGAGGAGACUGAUUUUGAGGAUGCAGUGGGGGAACAGGAUGAGUUUACUGGCAGAGUUGGGGAGACGGCUGAAGUAUCACUGAAUGCCUUGUCUGGUGCCAUUCAGAGGAAGUCCAUCAUGCUAAUUGGCAGUAUAGGUGGCUUACCAAUCAAAAUACUAGUGGACACCGGGAGUUCUGACAGUUUCAUCAACCAUAGAAUUGUUACCUUACUGCAUUUACCUUAUCAAUCUGUGAAUCCUUUUAUUGUGACUUUAGCCAAUGGGGCAGACAUCACCAGUGGGACAGCCUGUCCUAAGGUAGCUUGGAGGAUACAAGACUACCAAUUUCAGUUUGACAUGAAGAUAAUGGAACUAGGAGGUUGGGAUAUCAUCCUGGGGGUUGACUGGAUGUGUCAGUUCAGUCCAAUCACCUUUGACUUCCACACUCUCAGUAUCGCACUCAGUGAUCGAGGGCAAUUACUUCACCUCCAAGGGUUCAUAAAUCAACCUACGAUGGAGCUGGUGAGGGGAAGGGACCUCAGAUCCUUCAUCCAAGAAAGAAAGAAAAGCUGUGCACACCUGCAGGCGAACUCCACCAAAGACCUUCAGAAGGACAUCCCAGAGUUGGUGGAACAGGUUUUACAGCAGUUUCCACAGAUAUUUGCUACUCCAACGGGACUACCUCCAGAAAGGGAGCUGGAUCACCAAAUCCCUCUCAAACCAGGGGCAGAACCAUUUAAACUCAAGCCUUACAGGUAUCCCCACUCCCAUAAAGCAGAGAUUGAGAAGCAGGUUGCAGAAAUGCUUACGAAUGGAAUUGUUAAACACAAUGGCACUUGGAGACUAUGUAUAGACUACAGGAAGCUCAAUGAGGUGACUGUCAAGGAUAGAUUUCCCAUCCCCAAUAUUGAUGAAUUGCUAGAUGAGUUACAUGGCACCAGAUAUAUGUCUAAGUUGGACCUCAGGGCUGGGUACCAUCAGUUGAGGGUUAAGGUAGCAGACACUCCCAAGACUGCUUUCCAAACACACCAUGGGCACUUUGAAUUUCUAGUAAUGCCUUUUGGCCUAACAAACGCACCAGCCACAUUUCAGGCUUUGAUGAAUAGGAUUUUCCAGCCAUUCCUGAGAAAAUUUGUAUUGGUAUUUUUUGAUGACAUCUUGGUCUACAGUCCCACUCUAGAGUCACAUGCACAACACCUAAAAAUUGUAUUCCAAAUCUUAGCGGAUAACCAGUUAUACUGUAAAAAGUCAAAAUGCUCUUUUGCUCAGACAUCCAUGGAGUAUUUGGGGCAUGUGAUUUCUGAGGUUGGGGUCAACAUGGACCCAGAUAAGGUGGGAUGUAUCCUGUCUUGGCCCACUCCUAACUCAGUUAAGGAAUUAAGGGGAUUCUUGGGGCUGACUGGAUAUUACAGAAGAUUUAUAAAGGGGUAUGGUGUGAUUUGCAAGCCUUUAACUCAGCUACUGAAGAAGGAGAGUUUUGGGUGGAACCAUCAUGCUCAGAUGGCUUUUGAAGACCUCAAAAGAGCCAUGACCACAGCUCCAGUACUCAGUAUGCCAGAUUUUGAAAUUCCUUUUGUCAUAGAGACUGAUGCUUGUGGAGUAGGGAUUGGAGCAGUGUUAAUGCAACAUGGACACCCUAUAGCUUUCCUCAGCAAAGCUCUAUCCAGCCAGAACUUGGGGUUAUCUGUUUAUGAGAAGGAGCUAUUUGCUCUGUACAAAAAAGGAGCUGACAAUGGGGUGGCAGAUGCGCUAUCCAGGAGGAAGUUCGAAGGCCUUCAGGGGGACAUAGCAGUAAAUUGUACCAUGUGUGCAAUUUCCUCAGUCCAACCAACAUGGAUGCAGGAGUUGGUUGCAAGCUAUGAGAGGGAUAAUGAAGCUCAGCAGAAGAUAGCUCAGCUCCUGUUAGACCCCAAUGCAGUAUCAGACUAUCACUUGGAUAAGGGAAUGCUCAAGUUUAAAGAUAGACUAUAUGUGGGAUCUGCUAAUGGUAUUCGUGGCAAGGUGAUCAAGGCUCUACAUGACUCAGCAGUAGGGGGGCAUUCGGGCCAAAGGGGAUGUCUACACAGGAUACAAACUUUAUUUUAUUGGCCGGGACUCAAGCAGGAUGUUGUCACUUUUGUCAGGUCUUGUGAUGUAUGCCAAAGGAACAAGCAUGAGAAUGUUCCCUAUCCUGGACUUUUGCAACCUAUCCCAGUUCCACAACAGGCAUGGUCCCACAUAUCCAUGGAUUUCAUUGAGCAGCUGCCCCUAUCUCAUGGUUGUGACACUAUCUUGGUAGUGGUGGAUCGACUGACAAAAUUCAGUCACUUCAUUCGUCUCACACAUCCUUUCACUGCGCAACAGAUAGCCCAGGUCUUCCUUGACCAGAUUUAUAGGCUUCAUGGAUUACCAGAAUCUGUGAUUUCAGAUAGGGAUAGAAUUUUUGUUAGCAGGUUUUGGCAAGAGUUGUUCCAUCUGUUGGGAGUUGGCCUGCAUUAUAGCUCAUCCUACCAUCCCCAGUCUGAUGGUCAGAGUGAGCGCGUGAACCAAUGCUUGGAAACAUAUCUUAGGUGUAUGUGCAGUGAACACCCCUCUCAAUGGAGUAGAUGGCUACCCACAGCUGAGCUUUGGUACAACACCAACUUCCACACCAGCUUACAAAUUACUCCAUUUGAGGCAUUGUAUGGAUACAAGCCCAACCACAUUCCAUUGGGGCCUUUCCACGACAGUGUUAUCCCAGCUGCAACUGACCUGGUGCAGGAUAGGCUCCAGGUCAUUUCGCUCAUCAAGGAGAAUUUGGCAAAGGCACAGAACCGCAUGAAACUCUUUGCUGACAGACAUAGGUCGGAACGUACACUCCAAGUGGGGGAUUGGGUGUUUCUUAAACUACAACCUUAUAGACAACAAACGGUGGCUCUUCGAAGGAGUUUGAAGCUCACAGCAAAAUACUAUGGACCUUUCCAGAUCAUUGCCAAUGUAGGGGCAGUGGCCUAUAGGUUGCGGUUACCUGAUGGAACUAAGGUUCAUCCAGUGUUUCAUGUUUCGCUGUUAAAGAGAAGGAUUGGAGAUGCUCAGGGCACUGACCCUAUGUUGCCUGCUUGGGACUCCUCUGACCAAUGCUUACUUCAACCUGAGGCAGUCUUGAGAAGAAGAGCUAUCAGGCGUAACUCUAUAGUGGUCAUCCAGUACUUAGUAAAGUGGGAUCAGCUACCAGAAUCCGAGGCCUCUUGGGAAGACAAGGACUUCAUCGACAAACAGUUUCCAGCAUUCCAAGCUUGA